GCUGAGUGAUUCCGUUUUACAGUGCAACAGUUUUCUACAUUUUGAGUGUACAUGUGGAAUUGAAAUGACUGUAUACAUUUGUGCAAGUAACCACCUUCACCAACCAGUAUGAGCAUGAGGAACAAAAUUACAAAUAACUUAAUCAUAACGGUUCACAGUGACUGGCUUACAGAGGCCAGUCUUGGCUCCAUUGGGUGGUAUGCUAGAGCUCAGUUGUCACUUGUCUCCACCACAACAAGCACAGCACAUGGAGAUUCGCUGGUUCCGAAGCCACUAUACACAGCCUGUGCACCUCUACAGGAACGGUAAAGACCUGCAUGGAGACACCAUCUCCAAGUAUGUGGAGCGGACAGAACUUCUGAAGGAUGCCAUUGGAAAAGGGAAAGUGACCCUCAGGAUCUUUAAAGUAACUGCUGAUGAUGAUGGGUCAUACCACUGCCUCUUCAAAGAUGGUGAAUUCUAUGAAGAGCACAUCAUAGAGGCCAAGGUCACAGCCAUAAGCUCAGACAUACAGAUUCGUAUGCAUCCACCUAAUAUCAAAGGUGUGAUGUUGGAGUGUCAUUCAGGAGGUUGGUUCCCGGAGCCUUGUAUGGAAUGGAGAGACAGCAAAGGAGAAGUCAUUCCAGCUGUGUCAAAAUCUCAUUCACAGGAUGAAAACAAAUUGUUCCAUGUGACAAUGGCCCUUCUUAUUGAAGGCACUUCCCAUCAGAAUGUCACUUGCUACCUUCAAAACCUUCUAACUCAGCAAGAAGAAAGCUUAAGUAUUGUUUUAUCAGGUGAACUGUUUUCAUGGAAAACUGUUUGGAUAAAGAUUCUGAGUUUAAUGGCGCUCACGAUGAUAGACUAUUGCAUGGCUUUAUGUGUUCAUUUAAUGUGUGGUAAGUAGUUCUGAGGGGUGGGGAUCAAAAGUGGGAGAAGAGAAAGU